UGCUUCUACAAAAUUGUUUACCUAUUGUCUAAUACCUUAUGUCUUUUCAGAUUCAGAAGGAAAAAAGCUUGUUAUUUACAGACAAAGCUCGAGUCAUAGUGAUUUAUUACUGAUCUGCAAGUCUAAAAAGGAAUACCAAAGCUGGAAGUGGGUCUGGGAAACAAAGACUAAAAAAGAUGCUAUAAUAUCUGUAGAAAAAGGAGGAAAAGUUCAAGUUAAAGGAACAAUUAAACCAGGAAAUAACACCUCUGCCACAUUCAAUAGUCAAAAUUUCAUCCUUCACUUCUCACCUGUGGAGUUUAAUUAUAGUGGGACUUACAAGUGUAUGAAAGAUAAUAACAGCUCUCCAUACACAACCACAACUCUACACACCAUCAGAGUCUUUGCAGAGCCCCCUGGUGGUGUGUUGGUGAAUAGGUUUGUUGUUCUUACCUGUGAGGUGUCUGAUGUUACUGAUUCAGUGAUGCUGGCCUGGCUCAGGAUGGAUGGGGACAGAGGAGUGCUGGUCAAACAACAAAUUCUAAAUGAGAAAAACUUCAUAAGACAUCUCACUGUGAAUGUGAACAGCAUUCAGUCAGACCAGCUGCAUUGGCAGUGUGCAGUGUUUACUGAGAACAAACUAAAAGCCUUGGCUCCUAUAACAAUCAGUUUGAUCUCAAAUUAUCCAGUACAUGCAAUAGUGAUCACUGCUGUUACUCUGUGUGCUGGGAUUCUGCUGGGAGUUCUGGUGUAUUACUGGUACAGAAAACAAAUGUCAGGUAUGAGUGCCGAUGGGAGAACCACCACAAUACACCGUAAGCCUGAGGAGUCUGAACCAGUCUAUGUCAAUCUCAGGAGAACCAGGAUUGACAGAGUAAGAAGUGAUAGAAGACAGGGAACCAGAAAUGAUAGACCAGAAAUUCAUUCUCAUUUACCAAGAAACAAUUAUGUAGGAGAGUCGAACAUAGUUAGAAGAGAUGAGACCCCAGUUACACCAGAGAGCAUCACCUAUGCAGCCAUUUUUUUUAAGGAACCCAGAUUAAAGACCUAAAUUCCCUGCACAUUCAUAAAAACAUAUUUAACAUUUCUUACAGAGUGAGGGAUUGUUUUCCUUAUUUUACCUAUUGGACAGCAGAUGGCAAUGUCUGAUCACAAAAACAAUUCCCGGAGAAUAGCUUGAGAAAGGAAAGGCUCCUCAUUGCCAUUGUUUCGGUAAUCUAUACCACACAAAUAAUCUGUCUGUCUAAUACAGGAUAACAGGAUAUAACUAUUUAAACUAUUCUUAUAAUUUUGCAGUUGUUAAAUAUUAAAGCUGGUGUAUGUAUGGACUAUUGUGAAAUGACCAUUUGA